AUGGCGGACAAGAAGCGAAGCGAACGUAAGGAAAAGAUCCGACGAUGGCUUCAAUCAAUAGUCGAUAGGUUAAUAAAGGAUUGGAAGCCAGCGCUGUGCCAGUCGUUAUUCACCGAAGCUGAACUCAUUGAACUGUGCUAUCGGGCAAGAGAGACAUUCUGGAGUCAAAAAACAAUGAUUGAGGUAUGA